GUAAUAGUCAUCUUUCGUGAUUUUGACUAUAUAUGACAUUAAUAGAAUUUUGGGCAACACUGUGGAAUGUCAACAAGAGGCAACACUAGGAAACAAGUAGCAUUCCACAUGUCAUUCACUGUUGUCUCAGAGGAUUCCCACCUAAAGAUGCAGCAGCUGCUAGGAACACAACUAAGAAAUAAAUGGUGAUACAGAACUUGGAACAAAGAAGAAAC